AAAUUUGUUUUAACCUUUUUAAAAUCUUGGUCCGACCUGGUCACAUCCUCGAUGGCGCUCCAGUCUUCUAUCUUCUUCAUCCAAUAGUCUUCUUCUUUAUUAGCUUCGCAAAAAUUUGAGAUUCUUCUGAGAAAAUCGAUUUGACUUCUGUUUCUUGACGCUUUAUUUAUCUCGUCUCUUCUGGUCUUGUCUGAUGGGAUCGGAGCCAACGCGGAAAUUGGUUGACUUGCCCAUUCUUCACAAAUUCACGCUCUACCGCACCCUAACGAAUUAUUACUUGAUUGGGAGAGAUAAGAAACAAGCCUUUUGGAGGAUUCUUAAGAUUGACCGAACCAAUCCAAACGAGUUGAAUUUAUUUGAAGAUCCAACAAGGUAUACACAUGAAGAAAUCGUCCAACUUAAAAAAUGGUUAAGUCGAGGGAACCAGGAGUAUGGUGGCCUUAGAACAGAGACAACUUGCUAUGGAAUCAUUGGGUUUGUGAGAUUCUUGGGGCCUUAUUACAUGCUGGUGAUUAAAAAAAGAAAGAAAGUGGGUGAGAUCUGUGGCCACACUGUUUAUGGUGUAGCAGAGAGUCAAAUGAUCAUGAUCCCAAAUUCUCCCAGUGACAUGACAUAUGCUGAUUCUUCAGCCGAGCGAAGGUACAAGAAGCUCCUAAACAUGGUGGAUCUUAGCAAAAAUUUCUACUUUAGCUACACGUAUCACCUCAUGUACAGCCUUCAAAAGAAUAUAAGCGAGACUGAGAGAGGAAAAAUUCACUACGAAACCAUGUUCGUGUGGAACAAAUAUUUAACACACGGAAUCAGAAGGAAACUCCAGAAUACCGUAUGGACAGUUGCACUGGUGUACGGAUUCUUUCAACAGACUAAAUGUUUAGUAUCUAAUGAAGAAUUUAUACUGACUGUCAUUGCUCGGCGUUCGCGCCAUUAUGCUGGUACAAGAUAUUUAAGGCGUGGUGUAAAUGACGAAGGCAGCGUAGCCAAUGAGGUUGAGACAGAGCAGAUUGUUACCAAAGAGGUUCCAGAGGGUCAGAAAAUUCCAAUGACAUCUGUCGUGCAGCUACGAGGCUCCAUACCCCUAUUUUGGUCACAGAAACCAUCUUUGUUCAACCCACAACCCGAAAUAAUAUUGAACAACAACGACCGGAGUUACGUGGCUACUCAACACCACUUUGAGAAUUUGAAACAGAGAUACGGAAAGCUGAUAAUCAUUCUGAAUCUUCUAAAAGCAGGAAACCAUCGGGAAAACAACUUACGGGAAGAGUUCCGAAAGGCGAUCUGGUCUAUCAACGGAGGCAUUAAAGAGGAUUAUUUACUGGCAAUCCAUUUUGAUCUAAACGAACACUACAAAAGUGGAGCUGAUCGUGCAUUCGAGAACUUGUGUGACUAUGGGAAGAGAGCACUAAAAUUAAUUAACUUAUUUUUCUGUAAGGCUCCUUUAGGCAUGGGAACUGAUGGCGUAAUUAACGACUCAUUUUUCAAUAGCCCUAUUCUGAAUCAAGAUGAAGGGGCAACUAGAUCAGAACAGGAAGCAUUGAAGGCAGAUAUAUUCAUGCUUCAAUCUGGGGUCUAUAGGUCAAACUGCAUAGACUGCUUGGAUCGUACUAAUGUUGCUCAGUUCGCCAAUGGAUUGGUAGCUCUUGCUCAUCAGCUCCAGAUAUCGGGUAUCAGAGGACCUCCUGUUGUCGAUAAGAACAAUCCUUUGGCAAAGAAACUGAUGGAAGUUUAUCAAAAAAUGGGUGAUGCAAUUGCAAUGCAGUAUGCUGGCUCAGACGCACACAUCAGGAUGUUCAGUGCUCUGAGAGGUGAUUGGAACAUGAUAAAGAAGAACCGUGAUAAGAUCAUAGCUUUUCGUCGCUAUUUAUACAACACUUUUCAGGACAGCGAAAAGCAGAACGCCAUCAAUGUGUUCUUGGGGAAAUUCAAGCCUCAGUUGGGGAAGCCAGCCCUGUGGAAGUUGCGCUCUGACCAGCAAAACACUAUGAGAAACAGUUCUGACCUUGAUAUCAAAAAUCUGAGGCCAAAACUUUCGAGAUCCUUUUCUGAUAACCUCGUCUUGGAGGGUUUGGAUCGGAAGGAGCUUUUAUACGAAAAUCCUCAGCCUUCACGUGAAGGGUUAAACGAUGGCUGGGAAACCACUUCAGAAGUUGGAUUCUAUGAAGCAGAAUCAUCUUCUUCAAGGGUCCACUCUGUUAUUCGCGAUGAAGAUCAUUUGGGAGGAACAGGAUCAAGACAGAUGUUUCUAGACUUUGGCUCUACGUCUGAUUAUUUCGGGCUCGAUGAUAUACCUGGUUUUUCGCACUCAUACAAUGCUACAUUCAUUACGGCAGAGGAAAUGUUUGAACGUUGCAGCUCCACGUCGUCAGACUUAAUUAUUGAGUUUCCUUCAGGUCCGAAUCCACCAGAAAGUUUCUCUGGCUAUGUUAUAGUACCUGGCUUGUCAGAUGAUUUCACUCAGUGGGUGGAAUACGGAGGAGCAUUGUACAGGGUGCGGAGAUGAAACUGUGCUAUGAUCAGAGAAGGUAACGCUGGUUACUUGGCAGGUACAUCAGGUUGGACAGACAUAUUAAUUAACAUGAAGAAUACAAUAAUAGCCGCAUCUUUGUUAAUACCGACACAGCUUUACAAAGUUCCUUGUUUGUUGUUUCUCUUUUUAUCGACCAAAAUUGAUUUAUACAUUUGAUUUUUGUUUGACUUUGUUAUAUAGAGAAUGUGUGGUUUGUUUAGA